AUGUCUGACUCCCUGGCAACGGCAUCCGACGGCGUGUCAGCCAGACUAACAGGAGCGGCCAAAGGGCUUGAUGAAGCAGGUCUCAAAGCGGUGGCGUGGGCCGGAGUGGGAGCAGCCGGUAUAUUCCUCUCUCUACGACUCUUUGCCAGGUACCGCGAGGCGAGGCGUCUAUUCACCGACGACUUUUGGAUGGUGGCUAGCUUUGUGGUCCUCACCGUCAAUGCAAUCCUUCAAACCCUCCAGACGGAGUCUCUGUACUAUAUGAUUUAUGUCUCGAUCGGCCGAGUUCCUGUGGACGAGAAGCUGAUUGUCGAGGGAACCACAUACCUCAAAUAUCAGUUUGCCAUUAUUGGGCUCAUGUGGACUGUGCUGUGGUGUGUCAAGGCCAGCUUCCUCUCGCUGUAUUGGAGAUUGUUCGAUGGCUUGACUCACUACAAGCGCAUCUGGUGGGCUGUGGUGGUCUUUACCGUGCUGGCCUACUUCGGAUGCUGGAUCGCCAGUGCUUGGACAUGUCAUCCACCCAGCACCUACUUCCAGUUCGGCCAAUGUACCAAACCCAUUGAUCAGAAAGGCAGCACAAUCAGCAUCUCGUACUCGACCGCAGUGGAUAUCCUGUCCGACCUCAUGAUCAUGUCGCUGCCUCUCCGCCUCCUGAAAGAACUCCAAGUGACGCGACCGCAGAAGAUCGGACUCGCGAUUGUAUUCUCUCUAGGCUUGGCCAUUAUCGCGGUGGCCAUCAUCCGCCUGACGCAGAUCAUUGGGCAAGCGCGCGCAGAUCCGGUCGGGCUGGCGGUGUGGGGGCUCGUGGAAAGCUCCAUCUCGGUCAUCAUCGGUUCGCUGCCUCCUCUCAAGAGCCUCCUGGGCAAACAAAUACAAAAGUUCACCAGUGCCAUCUCCGGUCGAGAAAGUGGAGGACGUCAGUCAGGAAAAGACCAGAGCGGCCUACAUGCGGGACGAAGCCCGUUCAACUCGGUAGUCUCCAAGUCAGGGGCUCGCCUGAAGUCGGAAUCGAUCCCGCUGGAGGACAGGCCGGGAGCGGGGAGCACCGUCACCGCGCUGAAGAGCGGACAGAUCAUCGUCCAGAAGGACUUUGGAUGGACGCGAAGUCGAGAUGGAGGAUCGGGGAGCAUGGCCACCGACCAGACCGAUCUCGAGAGCCGGAGGCACUCUGAUGAGCACUAUGACUACGACGACGAGGAACGCAUGGUCGCCUCCACGAAAGACGAAGAGGCACAUAUUGGACAUAUUGGCAUCGCCCAGUCUAUUGGUCGCCGGGUGAGCAGCAGACAACAAGCCAAUCGCAGGUCAGUGGGCUACGAUCUCGACACGGAUGGAAGAGUCAAGACGAGCUGGCUGCAGUGA